UUUCAUAAAAGUAAAUAAACAAUUGCGCGACUAUGUCGGAGUUUAAUCGAAUAUUCAGUGUGCUAAAGUUUAAAUUCGCACCAAACAUCGAUUGGGGCUAUGUGGAAGACUGUCUAACCGAGUAUGAGACUGAGGAGGAGGCGAGACAAUGUGCUUACAAAUUCUGGUCUUUGCCAAUGUGUAAACAAAAUCUUCAAGAGCAGGAUCAUCAAUUGCAAAUGCUUCGAGAACUAUCAAAUUGCAUACGGUCGAUAAGAUGUGGUGAUAAUGAUAACCAAAAUAGCUACGACGCAACCUAUGAUAACUGGGCAAAGAUCGAAGAUAUUUCGCCUAGAGAAUAUUUGGCAUAUAUUUAUGCACUCGCUAGUCUGGCUACAUUAUCGCAAGAUACCCUAAACGGUGCCAAGGAGCCUUUAAAUGAAAAUAUCAACAUUCAGCUAGCACUCAAUGCAGUAAGCACGUAUUUCCUCACGCUGACCAUUCCGGGCGCAAAGAGUUACGGUGUCUUCGACGAGGGCGUUAUUGAGCAUUGUCUGAAGGUUUUUAAAUUAUUGGAACUGAAUGCCAACUCUGGUAUACGUGCUAACAGUAUUUGGAUAUUAUUUGUGUCCAUCUGUGAUGAUCUCAAAUUAGUAUUCCGCUAUGUUCAUUUCAAGGAUCACCAGAAACCACGUAACGAUAUUAUAAAAUGCCUGCUACAAAUUAUAUAUAAUAAUUUUCGACAUGGCUACAACAACUCGUGUGCAAGUCAAUUGCAUAGUAAAUGCUUUGAACUCUUUGAUGAGAUUGCCAAUGAACAUAAUGGCGAUGUAUACGAGACCUUAAAAUUUAUUAUGGCCCAGACGUUUCACAUGCAUAGUUUUCCGGAAAAUUCAAAAUCUGGUGGCCCACAAAUUGGCGAUCACAUUUCUGAUUGGUUUAUCAAGCUUUUGGAAAAGUAUCCAGAUAUUAUAUCGAACGUAUUGGCGACCUAUAUUGAGUCUGUGAUAACAAACCCCAUUCGGGAGUGGAAAGCUGUCGAUGAAAAAGUGGCCAUUGGCUAUGCGGCCAAAUAUGAUGCAGCGCUCUUUGCCAAAUGUAAUAAAUCCUGCACGGAUAUUUUAAAAGAAACCAUUAAAUCAGACGACGCUGUGGGAAUGCAAAUACGAACUCUUGAACUUAUUGAGCGCAUUUUGCAGCAGGAAACCCAUGUGGAAUGGAGUAUCUUUCGGCACGAUGUGUCCACCAAACCACGUGAGGUGUCCCUUAUCGGUGAAACAAUAUUAUGCCUUAACGAUAGAACAUUUACGGUACGGAAAAAGGCCAGCCAGGUGAUAAAUCUAUCGCUUAAACAGGGAUCGCCCAUCACAAUUCGAAUACUCCAAGAGUGCCUAAGUUUUGCGCAAUUCGGAAAUCCGGAGAAUCCAUCAGAGCCAACGGAACGGGAACAUCAGCUAAGUCAUGAAAAGCCUGGCGUAUUACAAUACGCCUAUAGCUUUGAGGGACAUGAGGAGUUGGAGCCACUGGUCAAGAAAAUGCCACAAAUAAUCUACGAACGUUUUGUGGAUUCAAACAAUGGUCCCGCUCGAUGCUCGGGGAUUACUCUGUUGGAGCGUUUGGUGCUGACCAAUCAACGUAUCAUCUACGACACGAACUAUGAGCGUGAGUUUUCGUGCUUUGCCGUAGACUCGCUCUCCUCGGUACGUAAGACAGCUCUGGAAAGCCUCGACACACUAUUGCAAAUAUAUUGCAAUUGCACGAUUCUUAUAGAUCUCUAUUGCCGCUUAUGGCCUUGUCUGCUGAAUGAUGAGGACAUAGCACUCCAGAAAUUGGCAUUGAACAGUUUUAAUCGGAACGUGUUGAUGAACAUACAACCACUGGAGUACAUCAAUGAGCCAAAGAAUCGUUUGCCUUGGCGUAUUCUAGCCACAUUGUUGACGGUGCAACCACGAAAUUAUAUUCAACAGAGACUCACUCUGCUUUUACAGAACGAAAAUAUCGUGACCCCCCAAUUGGUGAAUACCAUUAUAUCCUACUUGUCCACGGCUAUGGCAACGGAAGCCUGGACAUUGCUUGUCUUUAUAUCGAGUCGGAUAACGAACAAUUUGGAUUCGCUAAUCACAACAUUUAAUGGCUUGUCUUCGUACAACAUGAAGUCCAAUCAGUUGCUGGCACUUGAAUUAAUUACUUAUUGUCUCAGGAAUUUCUCCAAGUCGGCACUUAAUCAGCUUUUCACACGUCUGCUGUCGGCCCUGAGAUCGGGCAGCAUCUGGUUGGCAUUGGUUUCUCCCGCUGUGCAUCUGUUGAAUCACAUCGAUCGAUUGUCGCACAGUCAGGGACCACAGGACAGCACCUAUGUGGAGAAUUGGAAUGUGCAGCUACUCGAGGAUGUCACGGGAGCUAUUCUGAAAUCUAUGGACAAUUUCCAGGAGGAGCAUAUCUGCAUGGCAUCUCUCCUGGGCACCUAUACGGAAAUUAUUUCAAAGUCUCCACAGCAUCGAGCCGAUAUGCAAAUUGUUAAUUUUGUUCUUAAUUAUUUGCAAUUAUGUUCGAAAUUAAAUGACUCCAGUUUUGAUACGGAUAACGAACGCAAUUUAAACUGGAUGGUUGUAAUCGCCGGUCGAUUGUCCUUACGCGAUAAUAGUCUUGCCAAUAAAUUGUCCAGAAUAUAUGGUCAGAUAUUAAGUAAAAACGAUCGUCCGCAGUUAAUCAAUAGCACACUAAUUGGCAUGAACGAUCUGGGCAAAAAGUAUCCCACAAUUUUGGAAAACAAUAUGAAGUGUAUUCUGAUCAAAUUGUACUCCAAGUUUGCCACGACACGAGUACGCACCUAUCGCUGUGUCAAGGAUGUUAUACUCGCGGGCAACAUUAAGCUAAAGGGUCCCAUACUUAUAUCUUUACUCGCUGGCCUGGUGGAUGAUAGUCCCGAGGUGGCACGUGAGGCAGAUGCAUUUUUUAUACGCUAUAAAAAACUGUACGAUAAGAUGCUAUUUCAUCAUUGUCUGAAGGAGUGUCCCUUCGACUUCAAUGAUCAGGCAUUUCUAAGAGGCUCAACGCGACUUGAUGCCAGCUUUAAAUCGCCAUUGAAGGGCACGGGCAUGGCUAAAAGUAGACGUCUUAUAUAUAAUCAUAUUAUGACCUCGCUGGAUGAGAAUACUCUGCUGUUGUACUUUGGACAACUUAAGCUUUUGGCGGAGAAAACUAAAGAUACUGAAUUUAUAAAAUCCGCUGGUGCCUUGGACGUCAUUGUCGAUAUAUUGUUUAUAAUGCGACGCAUCUGCUCUUGCACCAAGGCCAAGGGACAGCAGAGUGGCUCACAAGCUGAUGGCGGGAACGACGAUGGAGCCGCCGAGGAGGACACUCCAGCACCGCCAACGCAGCAGGAGCAGCCACCCACAACAUCCGCUGAGGCUGCGCCGGCCAGAGCACGUGGACGCGGUGCAAAUAAACGUGAUGCAGGCGAGGAACCGUUGAAGCAACUCGAGCGCUGUCUGCGUUAUGUGCCGGAAACGUAUAAGAAUCUCAACAGUGUCAUGAAUCCGGAACUGCAGCAUGAAUUUGAUCAAUUUUGCCUGGCUAUGACUUUACGUUUUUCUAACUAUACGGAUUUUGCACAGCCAGCGGAGUUUUGGAAGAAGUAUAAGCAGACCAAGACCAACAGCAAACCCAAACCUAAACGUCGACGUCUCAACGAGGAGGGCGAUGUGGCGGAAGAUGAUGAUCAGUCGGCAUCUGGAGGUAGCGACAGCGACAGUGAACUGCCGCUGGAUCGGCACACAUUACCGAGCUCGGCACACGGAGGUCUACAGCGUAGAGGUGGCCUCGAUGUGCUGGCAACAGAGCUGAUUUUUCAGCAACAUGACUGGUAGAUACAUUUGUAUCUACAACUGAAUUAUUCUAAAAAGUUAACUUACCCACACAUUACGGAAAGAGCUGUGGGAGCCAAGAGAGCUGCUGUACAUAUUUGAAAUUGUAUUAUAUUGAUUGCUAUGUAUCUACGAUCUGAAUUAUCUGAAUUAUUGUAAUACUCGUAAGCGAAUUUUGUAAAUAUUUGAGUUCAUAUUAUAUUGAUUGCUAUAUUAGGAA